UCCACGCACACCUGCGAUCUACUUUGCCAAGAUGUUUCGGGAAAUUGUUUUCUGUGCAAUGGUGUUCUGCGGCGUUCAGAGAUCUGAAUCGGCAAUCACUGGUUGGUCCGGUGGCGGCACAAUAACAGGAGCCGAUGGAACAAUAACACUGACGUCACCACUGUCCGAGGACUCAGCUGUAGGAACAACAGUUGUUUCACUUACAGCGGCGAGUGAUGGCACUGUCACUGGAUACUCCGUCACCGGAACUCCAGAUGCGGCCGAUGUAUCAAGUACAGGCGUUGUAACGCUGAAAGCACAAGUUGACUAUGAAGCAAAUGCAGAGUUGGUUCUUCUAGUCGUAGCCGACGAUGGUAGUGCAACCGGAACUGCUACGGUCACCGUGCCAAUAGGAGAUGUCGGCCCUUUUACAACAACCACAAAAGAGUUAUGCGUAAAGGAUGGUUUAGGUCCAGGUGAAUCGGUUGGUGACGUUUCUGCUACCGGUGUCGACACUUACACGACUACUGAUACCACCUUUGCUGUUGAUUCAACUUCUGGAGCUGUGACAACGACUGCCAGUGUUACCCUCAACAAGGCCACAACCGACGAGUACACGGUCCCUAUUUCAGGCGCGGUCACCGGUGGUGAGAGCAACAUCCUAACACUAACGGUGAAAGUCGGUGACUGCAGCGGGAAGGAAAAAAUGGCUGCCGCUCUCGGAAGCCUUCUGUUAUCUCUUCUUGCGUAUACCCUUCUCUCCAUGUAAAACACUUUGAUACUUUCAAUUGGCGCGCCCUUCUAGAUUCCUGCAUUGCAUAUGGAUAUGUAUCGUGGAUUUUACCCGAAGUGCCCAAGACUUUUAAUACCAAAAGUGACACAUUUGUCGACGCUUAAUAUUUUGGAUGCCAUAUAGUAAACUACUUCUAAUAGAAAAUGUUUUUCUUAUUAUAAAAUAUAAGUUUGAGUAUAUCAACAAACCAAAAUUUAUAACACAUGUUACAAGGGAUUCAUUAACAUAGGCGAUGUUGGCAAAGAUUGUUUCAAACCGUGUUUCAAUUUAGCUAUCUGAUUAGCAUUACUAGAUAUAUUAUUUACAAGUUUGAAGAAAUACCUUACAGCAAUUAUGCACACACUUGUAAUUAUUAGUAUAUUUUUGAAAGUGUUACGAACGUUUUGGCGAAACAUAGCAUUUUGUGUCACAUUUUAAGAUAUUAAUAACAAAAGGGUUAUAAUUUAAACUUUAAAUGAUUAAUUAAAUAAAGGCAAUUUCAUCACAUUUACCACGAUACUAAUUUAGUUGAUGUCUGACAACGAGUUUCUGUUAUUAUUACUAAUGAAGUUCAGAUUAAAAUACAUAUAAUUGAAUACAAUGUAAUUAGGAGUCGAAGGGUGACCGUUUUGUUAAUGCACAGUUUUAUUUUAUUUCUCUAUAACCAGUGUACGGACUACUUUGAUUGUAAACGUUUUGGUGAAAAGUUUAAAACUUAAUAGAGUAUUAGCUAUUUUAAUUAUCAAAUGUGUCAUACAAUUCAAAUGACAGUGCAUAGAACAGUUUAAACAUUUUGCGAACUGAAUCUACGAAGACAAAUGUCAUUAGAUAUAGGUACAAGAGUACAAAUUGUCUAAUUUAUCCAAAGAAAAUACGAUAUUUAAUGUUUUUGUUCGUCAACACUGGUUUUGUAUUUUGGCUUAUCUUCCUUCAUUGAGAAUUCUGCAUUAUGAUGGCCAUUGUGGUUCUGAUUGCUGAAUAUCUCAG